AUGUCAACCUCACCCAAGAAUCCCAAAGUUAUCUCUUCCAAGUCUGUGUCUAAGCUUCAAAAAUUGACUAUUGAGGUUUCAGAAGGUGCAAAAGGGCAAAAACCUGCCCCAGCCCCUCCUAAGUUUGAGAAAAACUCUCCUAACUCCCCCCCCUCCGUGAGUGAACAAAACCAUUAGAAAAAUCGCUAUUUUUUGCCCAAAAACCCACCCUCCGUGAGUGAACAAAAUUUUGUUAAUAGAAAAAUUUUUUUAUGGAAAAAAAUUUUGAUAUAUAAGUGAUAAUUAGUAUAAUGAAAUCUAGAGCUAAUUCUGUUUAAUUUUAAACAAAUUGCGUUUUAAAACAUAAAUUUUAUAAAAUUAAAUUAAUAUCUGCUUCCCAAUUUUUGCAAAUUAGAAUUUUUUUUAAAUUUCGAAAAAAAAAUUAACCCCCUCCGUGAGUGAACAAAAUUUUUUUGUUCACUCACGGAGGGGGGGGGGAGUAAAGCACUUACCCUCAAAAAUUUCCAAAACCUAUUAUCCUCAAUGUCUCCAAACAAAGGUGCAAAACCUGCGACCCCAGCAGCUCGCCCAAAAAGUGCAGUAGAGCCCGCAAAGCCAAAAGAAUCCGCUAAUUCAAUCCCAACCCCAAUCACGUCUAAUACCCCAAAGGUUGAGACAAAAGAAGCUCUCAAAAGCCCAGUGAGUUAUCAAAUUCAGCCUCAUUCCAGCUCUUUGUCAGCAAAAGGCAAAAGCAAGAGCACAAGAGCACUUCCAAGACCAUUGAGCAAGUCAGUAGAAGUGCCAGAAUCAGCUUCACCAAAAAAAGCAAUAGACCUUGACAGCAUCGUCACCAGAGUAAAACGUCCAACUUUAUCCCAGCCAGAUUCCAGCGAAGAGCAUAAAUAUCAAUCAGAGAUCCUAUACAAAGAGCAUCUAUUUCAGACAUUCCAAGCCAUGAAGUUUGUGAGAACCCUUACCAACCCCGACCCAGUCCAAUUAAGAGAUAGAAGAGUUACUCUUCCAAAAAGAGUAGGAUGGGAAAACAAAAAAACAAUUAUAUUCGAUUUAGAUGAAACCUUGGUGCAUUGCACUGAAAACCUCAGUGCCUGUGACGUAGUUUUGCCCGUGCUUUAUCCGACAGGAGACUUAAUUAAUGCAGGGAUUAAUAUCAGACCUUUUGCGAAAGAGUGCUUGACGGAGGCGAAUAAAUUAUUUGAAGUGGUUGUGUUCACAGCUAGUCAUAAAUGCUAUGCUGAUAUGGUUCUUGAUUAUCUUGACCCUUAUAGAGAUUUGAUACACCAUAGACUAUAUAGAGAAUCCUGUCUACUUAUUGACGGGAUUUAUGUCAAAGAUCUGAGGAUUUUUGCGAAUAGAAGAUUGCAGGAUAUGGUGAUUAUAGAUAACGCAGCUUAUUCGUUUGGAUUCCAGGUAGAUAAUGGGAUCCCAAUUAUUUCUUGGCAUGAGGAUAAAAAUGAUAAGGAGCUUUUCAAUUUAAUUGACUACAUGAGCUUGCUAAAUGCCGCAAAUGAUGUGAGAGAUGUGAAUAGAAAAACCUUCCGUCUAAGAACAUUUUAUGAUGACUAUGCAAAGGAAUUCGCAACUAAAGACGCUCAAAAAUUCCCUUCUUCAACUAUCACGACAACUUCGCCAAAUGCAGCCACCGCAAAAAUUCCUUCAAAAUCUACAACCACUUCAACUCCAUCACUGCAAGCUAGAAGAUCUCCUAGACAAGCUAAAAAGCCUUAG